CGAUGGAAGGAGUAUAUAUAUCUACGGCUGAGGUUUUCGUUUAUUUUUUUUUUUCUAUCUUUUUCCUCCUGUAUCGUCCUUUCUUCCUCUAUCGCUGGCUCACUCGCGGAUCGCAACUGCCCACCACACCACAUUCUCCUUGUGAUUCGCCGCGGCUUGGCAGGGAGUCGAUUGCACGGCGGUGCAGGUACUCUUUUCACUAACCAGUAUCAUACCCCAUCUUGAUUGAUAUAUCCCACUUUACUUCACUUUCUCGGGAUAUUGAUUUUCCUAUGUUCUGGUUCGCUUGCCCGCCAUUCCACCACAGUUUACUUUUUCCGUUAUUUCUUUUUUAUCCUAUCUUUCCUCGUGACUCGGGAGGUUCGGUGGGGUGCGGGGGGGCAAGCACUGCCCGCAUUCCACUCUACCACUGUCGUAUGGAUGGAGAGCUGGAUAGUUGAUAUUUUUCUUUGAAUCCGGAAAAGAGCAACAUUCACUUGGGGACGAAGUGCAAAUCAAAUCGCGAAACACUGGAUGCAUAUGUAGCGGUGAUAUAUUCGUACAGCAACUGGUACCUGGACCAGCAAACCGUUAAAAGUGCAGUUUGCGCAUCGCCUCGACGAUUCCGUGCUUGAUCCCUGCAAUAGUUUAUCGGGGGGGGGGGGGUGGUUGUGAAUACUCUACCGCGGGGUGGAAGCUAACUCGAAAAAAGGUAUUUGAAUUUGGUAGCCCUGUUUAGAUAUAGAGACUUGAUUGAAGGUGGGUGGUGUGUAUGCAAUUUGUGGGCAAACAGGAUGCUUGCAACCCAUUGGCUUCUUUUCUUUUUCCUCUUUUUCUGGCUUUCGCUUUCUUAGGUUCUUUUGCUUUACUUGCUUUAUUUCUUGUUUUACCCUCCAUUGUUUUGUGGUGUUUAUGUUUAUAUUCUCUGACUGUUGCUUUUCUUUCUUUUUUUUUCCCUCUUUUUACUGGGUUCUGUUUGGGGGGUCAAACGGGAGUGGGGAGGGGGAUCAUUAGCUGUGUACAAAUCGCGGUGUUCCCGAAUGAAAGAAUGCUUUCCUACCGCGCCGAUAUUGCGAUAUUUGGGAUCUCCGGGGCCAUCCCAGGCCGGGGUGUCACUAACUGGUUCUAUUGUAGUUGCGGCGAAUUCAUCGACUGGUUCUCUGUGCUUUUCCAUGGACCGAAUAAUAGUAUUUUGCCAGUCCCCACACCGGUCCUCCCAUAGCCCACACUGUGGGAGCGGCAGUUUGGGCGAGCGAAAAAUAUAUGCUGACACCGACAUACUGCCCAGGGCCCUGUCAGUUAGAGGCCAAAGACUAGGGAGAUAGAAGUGGGGGGCGGUGGGAUGGUGGGAAGGGAGGACACAGCUUGGGACUCAUAGGGUGAAUAGUAGGAAAAAUUACUCGACUAUUAAUGAAUUACCACAAGGGGAAUCAGGUCACCAUGAUCACGGGUUAUGCGGGUAAUGUAUCUCUUGGAUACACAGCAAAAAAACUCAUUGGCCGAAGCAACAGGCGGGGCAGCCGUCAGAGCGGAGAAGACUGGGUCUCGACGUGGCCGUAGUGACUGUGAUGUACUGUAGGUCAGGCGCCGGGGUUCGAUUUUUAUUUUUUUGAAUAAUUAGCAGCAUUUUGAAUAGAGCCUUGUACAACCACACCCUCCCCCGUGAGUGAGUGAGUGCCCUUCAUCCAUCACUACUGUAUCCUAUUUGACUUGGCGAGGCUGAGAGCCUUAAAACCUCAAGCAACCGCUCCCGGUUACCGUAGUUGACGAUUACAAGACUUUAUAAACUCGGCGAGCGCUCUUCUUCAGACUCCCUCGAAACCCGAAAGUGUCAAAGCGUACAAAUACCCACAGUCUUGUCCUUCCAACUCCACAGCACAGAAUUGCUACGGCUAUCUCUUGCACAUAACAGCUUUCGUCUCUCACUUCCAACACCGCCAGAGCCAACACUCCCUCCAUACGAUAUUCAAGAUGACCAAAGCUUGGGACCGAGAGAAGGCGAGGAUGCAUGAACUGUGAUUGCCUCCUCCAUUCUUUGUCCAUUCAAAAGUGGCCUACCUAGCUGACAUUUGAUAGCUACAUGGUGCGCAAUAUGAAAUUGUCACAAAUGCAAGAAAUUAUGCUGAAACAACAUAAUUUCAGCGCAAGGUAAUUCCCGAAAAGCGAACCCUGGGGGAAAAAAAAAAAAAUUCAAAAAUUGAAUCGAAGGUAUACUAAUGCUUACAAAAUAGUGAGCGAGCAUACAAGCAGAAGUUUAAGGAAUGGAAAUGGUUCAAGAAGACUCCGGUAGGUUCUCGACCUCCUUCCCCGCCUGCCCCACCCGUUUGCUCUUGGGAUGUUUCAGUAUGAGUUUUUUGUGGGUGUCUCGGACGAAAGAGAGAGAGAGGGAGAGAGGGAGAGAGUGGACAAAAAGCUUAUUCGAAACUCCCAGCGCAACCAAAGUGUAAAUCCUGAGGCGAUGAUCAACAUUGGGCGACCACCGGCGACUUCACGUCCGUACCCACAUCCCGGCGCAGACCUACGAAGGUGUUCGGACUCGAGCUCGUUAAACAGCAUGGACCACCACCAUAGCCAGAUGUCGCCCCCAACAUCAUAUGCCGACCCAAGCGUAAGCCCCGAACAUGGAGUUUAUCCAGCUUCUCAACACGGCUUGUUGAGCUUGGGAUCCGUCCACAGUCCACCACCGAUAGUUCGAGAUACCUAUCAAAUAUCGCUACCGCCGGUGUCGGAGAUACAGUUGCUGCCCUUCAAAGAGACUGUAAAGGAGAGUGUAAGGACGGCUCAGAUCCACCUGGACUCGGGGGAUAUGGAAGUUGCAGGCGAUUACCUUGAGCAUGCCUUGAAAACUCUGCAGUGGUUGACUUCCAAGGGGUGUCGGUAG